UGUGCGUAAAGGCUACAAACAUGUCUGCUAAGAAGGGAAGUUGAUGUUUUAACAGAUUAUCAGUAAAGGCUUUGGACACGUCUGUGGAUUGAUGAACUUCUGAGGCAGCUGAGGCGAGUUUCUCCAGUGCAGAUUCUGCUUGUUUAUUAUUGCUGCGUGUAUAAAUAUGUGUGGAUUCAUUGCACAUCAGCACAAGUUGCUGCUCGUUUUGAACAGAAGAUUUCAGGGACCUUCGUCAGCCUCUCAAGCUGCUUUUUACCACGUGACAGCUGCACAUCAGAGCCCAAAGGAUAGCAACCUCAACCCUGCAGUGAGGAGACGCCUCAGAAGCUUAAAUACCUCCAGUGUCCAACACAAGCCUGCAGGAGGGCAGGACCAUGGGGGCUCAGCUCAGAGAAGAGUGUUUAAAAGUGAUGAGAUCCCACUGCUGCAGAAGCAAAGGAGGGGAGAUGACUGCAGAGUGUCACCUGAACUCAGGAAACUGUGCCUGGAAGAUUUCCCUGCAGAGAGAGAGAGGCACAUGAAGCAGAAACCUGCACCCCAGGUCAAAGCAGAGGACUGCGAGGUUGUUUUUGGCAUCGCUCCCUGCUUCUUGGCUCUCACUCAGGGCAGGAGGAGGCUCCGUAAGCUCUUUGUAAAAGAUGGCGAGGCCUCUCACAGGGCGUCUGUGUUAAAGGUGUGCGAGGAGGCUUAUCAGCGAGGAGUUCGAGUCCAUCGGGUCAGCAGGAAGGAGCUGGACAAGAUGUCUUCUGGGGGAGUCCAUCAGGGAGUGUGCCUGUUAGCCAGUCCUCUGAGUUACCUCACGGAGGACUCUGCACCUAGCAGAGAAGACACUCCUCUGUGGCUCGUUCUGGAGAGAAUCCAGGACCCCAUGAACCUCGGUGCCAUCCUGCGCUCUGCUUAUUUCCUUGGUGUGGACAGAGUCGCCAGCAGUCUUCGCUACAGCUGCCCGCUGUCUCCAGUGGUCAGCAAGGCCAGCUCAGGCGUCAUGGAGGUGAUGGGAGUGUAUGGAUAUGAAAACCUUGAAGAAAUGUUGAAGCGGAAGGUGGCGCAGGGCUGGCAGGUGGUUGGUACAGUGGGACAGGAAGCAAAAGGGUCCCAGAUCUCCAUCACAGAGUGUUCAGACUUUAAAAUGACCAAACCCACGUUGCUGCUGAUGGGAGGUGAGGGAGAAGGGCUCUCCAAGGAGCUCCUCUCCAUGUGCCGAACACUUCUCACCAUCCCAGCAGGCAGGGAGCUGGUGCCUGGGAUCGAGUCUCUCAACGUUUCUGUAGCUACAGGCAUUCUGCUGCACUCUGUGCUGAUAUCCAGGAGGUCGACCACAUGACCCCCACCAGAAAUACGUGCCCAAAUAUCACAAGGAGACUGAGGCUCAGCUGUUUCCGAUCAACAUAACCAACUACAGAAAUGAAUAUUUCAAUGUAAUCUUGAGAAGUGGUUUUAAAAAAACAAAUUCGUAAUAAGACCAACAAGUUGCUCCAUUCAGAGCUUUGUGUGUCUUACUCCUCUGUGCUGUGGUGUCUAAAAACCACAGUUCCUCAGCUAAAUACUCCCCAUUUUCUUUUUCCUCCUGAAUGAGGAACAUUUUCUAAAAACACCACCCACUUGUUUCAGGAAGUUACUUAGCCUUUAAAAUAAAUAA